AUGGUUUCUUGUGCGGGGAUUCUGAAGAAAUUGGAAAUUCCUGUUCAUGAAAGAGAAACUCUUUCGUUUCUAAAGAACCCGGAUUUACUCCCCAUCAAAAAGGAGAAACAGACAUGGGGGUUCUUCUCCAAUUUCGCAUACUGGGGGAUUAUCUCAUUCUCCGUCGGUACGUGGCUGAGUGCGUCGCAAGCACUGUCAGUCGGACUUUCAUACCCAGAGACAAUCGGUACUUUCAUCGUUGGUGACUUCGUUACAAUCCUGUUCACACUUGCCAAUUCGUACCCUGGGUCAGAUUGGAAAGUCGGGUACACCCUUUCGCAGAGAUUCGUCUUCGGGAUUUACGGUUCGUAUUUCGGUAUUUUGAUCAGAGUGCUGAUGAGUAUUGUCAACUACGCCUCGAACGCGUGGUUGGGCGGUCUUUGUAUCAACAUGAUCCUGGACUCUUGGUCGCAUCAUUAUCUACACUUGAAGAACACGCUCACACCAAGUGUGGCUAUGGAGACUAAAGAAGUCAUUGGGUUCAUGCUGUUCCACGUCGUCACCGUCUUGUGCUACUGGAUGAAACCAUACCAGAUCAACUACAUCCUGAUCAUAUCCUGUACAGCUACAUGCUUCUCCAUGAUGGGUAUGAUUAUAUACCUGACGCACAAGGCAGGUGGUGUAGGUGACCUUUUCACCUCGACAAAGUCAACUGCUACAGGGUCCGAUAAAUCGUGGGCGUGGGUCUACAUGAUUUCAUACUGGUUCGGUUCCGUCUCCCCAGGGUCCGUUAACCAGAGUGAUUACUCCAGGUUUGGUACCUCGAAGACCGCUAUCUGGACAGGUACCAUCCUGGCUUUGUUCAUCCCAACUACAUUGGUCCCUGUAUUCGGUGUCAUUGGUGCAUCCACCUCUGUGAAACUAUACGGGCAAGAACUGUGGCAACCAAUGGAUAUAUUCACUUACUGGUUGAAGGACAACUACUCUGCUGGUGCCCGUGCAGGUGCGUUCUUUUGCGGAUUGUCCUUCACACUGUCCCAAAUGUCGUACACUAUUUCCAACUCCGGGUUUGCAUCCGGUAUGGAUUUGGCCGGUGUGUUGCCCAAGUACAUCAACAUCAAACGUGGUGCCAUCUUCACUGCAGUCAUUUCGGUCGCUUUACAACCAUGGAAUUUCUACAACAAGUCUUCAAACGUCUUCUUAACGGUCAUGAGUUCCUUCGGUAUUGUCAUGACUCCAAUCAUCGCCGUCAUGAUAUGUGAUAACUUGGUGAUAAGGAAGAGACAGUAUUCCGUCACAGAGGCAUUCAAGAUCAAAGGUGAGUACUACUACUUUAAGGGGUUUAACUGGAGAGCCUUUGUUGCUUGGAUUUGUGGUAUGACCCCAGGGUUGCCAGGUAUGGCGUGGGAAGUCAACAACAAGUACUUCAAUAACAAGGGUAUCGUGAAUUUCUACUACGGUGAUUCGUUCUUCUCCUUCGUUAUCUCAUUCUUCCUGUACUGGAUCCUGUGUCUAGUCUUCCCUUACCACGUCAAGAUCCUGCACGACGACAAGGACUAUUUCGGUGCCUUCUCCGACGAGGAAGCCAGGAAGAAGGGUAUGGUUCCAUACUCCGAGAUCUCAGAAGAGGAGUUGGACGCUUACAACUUCCCAUCCCACAAGACAGAAGGUUUCGAAAAGGAGACCUCCUCAAUCAGAAAACAAGGUGUUGUAUCCUCCUCGGACGGUCACGCCUAUGAGGAAAAAGACGAAAGUGACCACAUCACAAAACAGAGGAUCGUCUCUACAAAGACAAGUUCCACUAGUGACCUCCAAGAGGAAAGUUCUUAA